CUUGACGUGCCACGCCCCCUUUUCGGCACGUAAAAAGCAGAAAUCCGCAGGAUUCAACGCAGUACGCAUGCGUCUACUCAUCAGCCGGUUGAUAACAGGAGCUCGGGCUUCUACAAAUUUGCAGCGCACGAUCACCUUGCGCUACAAAAACACCAUGGGUGACGAAGUGCAAAAAGCACAACAAGCCGGUGGCGAGGAGGACACUAUUUUUGGCAAGAUUGCGAGGAAAGAGAUUCCUUGCGAAUUUCUCUUUGAGGAUGACAAGUGUGUUGCAUUCAACGAUAUCAGUCCGCAAGCCCCGAAGCACAUUUUGGUGAUUCCUCGCAAACCAAUCCGGCAACUCUCCCUUGCUGACGACUCGGACGAGCAGCUGCUGGGACACCUACUGCUUGUGGCACGUCGCGUGGCCAAAGAGCAAGGUCUGGGCAGCGGAUUCAGACUGGUCAUCAACGACGGAAAGGAUGGAGCCCAGUCCGUCUACCACCUGCACAUUCACAUUCUCGGCGGCCGCCAAAUGCAGUGGCCUCCUGGAUAAUAUACAAUUGAUUCUGAGUGUGAAACACCCAGGUAUGCUAAUUACUCUGCUUGCUAUGGUUGAUUUUUUUUAUUCGAUGGGUGUCGAUGACAUUAAAUGGUUUUGUCGAUAAAUGAAAAUAAGUAAAAUCUUUUAAUAAUUGA